CUAAGCUGAAUAUGAUGAAUACGCCUAAAGUACUUGCAGAAAAGCACAGGAACGCCAACAACAACAGCCACAAUAAUAAUACUAGUAAUAAUAAUAACAAUCGACUGUCAACCACUACUACUCUUAAUGAUGAAUCUCAUUGUCAAACACCAAUUGUUACAACUAUGCCAAACACUGAUCUGCAUCUACCUCCAUUAUUCACUGACGAUCCAACAGAAUAUCAUGAAAUCAAAUUAAAAUCAAAACAUAAAUCUCAUAAAAAAAAUUCAUUUUUACCUAAUGAUAAUUAUGUUCAAUUAAACUUACGAAAAAAUCAUCUCUCAUCAGAAGGUUUUAAAUAUUGGUCAGAAAUAUAUAAAGAGAAUUUACGUCAAGCUGAUGAAAAUCUUACUGUAUUACAAUCUAAAAUACGUGAAUCUUUAUUGUUAACACAUGGUAGUCAUGAACAAAAAAAGACACAUUCUAAUCUAUUAUACAACAACACCGACACUAACAAUAAUAACACUACUACAUUGGAUUCAUUUGAUAAAUAUCAUUCACCUAGGAUUAAAACAAAACAGUCAAUAAAAUGUUUCUCAUCAUCUGAUCUUUUAAACAUUAUCGUCAAUGCUGAUGCUGAUGAUGAUGAUCAUCAUCAUCAUCAUGAAGCUUACAAUAAAAAAUUUGACAAAACAUUUAAUGAAGAGAUUUUAUGCCCACAAGUUGGUGUAUCUCCAACUGAUUUAUCAAAUCGAGAAAGUAAACCUGUUCAUCAAGGUUUAGCAGCAUCAUUUGUAGAUGUGAAUUCGAAAUUAUCGUCAUCAGCGUCAACAUCAUCAUCAUCAGCAUCAUCUGUGCAUCGUGAAAAUAUUAGAAAUCCUUCGACGCCGACGCCGUCGCUGCCGCAGCCGCUCCCGCCUCCUCCUACUUCUACUACUAACAACAAUGAUAAUCAUCAUCAUCAUCAAUUCACUCUGAAUACAACGAAUUCAUUGUUGAUUAAACAAAAAGUUACUCCUUCUACUACUACUAAUACUACUAAUAUAGAUCAGUCACCAUCUAAUCAAAAUAAUAAUAAUAGUAAUAUAAAAUUGAAAUCUAAUAAUAAUAAUAAUAAAAAUUUAAUUAAUUUAUCAGAAUGUAUUAGUCAUUUAGUUGAUGAACGUUCACGUGUACAAGGUAAAUUAUUUCGUCUUAAA